AUGGAUUCUGACGACGAGGACCUAAGAGUAGCAAUUGCUGCUUCCUUGGGUGACGCCGCGUCGCCGGCUCAGAGAGCCAAUAACCAAAAUAAAUCGGUUGUUGAUUUAACAGGUGACAGUGAUGAAGAUGUGGUACCCAUUCAUCCCAAGUCCAAAUCAGUCAUUAGCUCAGAGGCCAGCCGCGAGGCAAGCGUCGUUGAUAUCGCAGACGACGGUGACGAAGAUCUAAAAAGGGCCAUCGCUCUGUCAUUGCAAGAAUCUGGCGCGCAAGAGCCGCCUUCGAAGCCAGAGUCCACGUCUGCCCCUGUUUCAGAUCAGGCCCAGACGAAGAACCAAACCGAGCCUAAAAAUACCGAAGGAAGCUUCCUUGGGCUGGAUCGCAAGAAGAUGGAGGAGGACCGCCUUGCACGUCUUGGAAAGAGAAAAGCUGAAGACGCCCCUCCACCUGACCAACGUGAACUGAAGCAGGCGCGGACUGAACCCCGGCAAAGCGCCAGCAGUGUACAGGCUAAAUCAGGACCUCCAUCGUCUGUGCCGUAUAUUCAAUUUCCUGCGGGGGUGAUUAAGAAGACGUUCGCAAUCGGAAAACCCAGAACAGAUGACGAUAUCAGGCUCGAUGAGGUUCUGCAAAGCUCAGAUCUUGAACUGGCGGUUUUGAGUUCCUUUAUGUGGGACAUGGACUGGCUUUUUGGCAAGGUCAAUUUAAAAAAGAGCCGAUUCAUACUAGUCAUGCAAGCAAAGGAUGAUGCUACAAAACGACAAUAUGCAUCAGAAACAGCAACUAUGACAACCCUGCGUUUGUGCUUCCCGCCAAUGGAGGGCCAGGUAAAUUGCAUGCAUUCCAAACUCAUGCUACUCUUCCAUUCGAAUUAUCUCCGGAUCGUGGUGCCAACUGCGAAUCUUAUCCCGUAUGACUGGGGAGAGGCCGGCGGCGUCAUGGAGAAUAGUGCCUUUCUCAUUGACCUGCCCAGGAAAGGUGGUCCGACAACUGGCGAUUCAAGAACGAGUUUCUACAACGAUCUCGUCUACUUUCUCAGGGCUACCACCCUCCACGAAAACGUCAUUGCAAAGUUACAGGACUUUGACUUUAGUAACACAGCGCCGUUCGCAUUUGUUCACACCAUUGGUGGCUCGCAUUCAGGAACUUCAUGGAAGCAGACCGGUUACUGCGGGCUAGGCCGAUCAGUGGAAUCUCUCGGUUUGCAAACUAACAAGCCACUUAAUCUUGAUUUCGUGACCUCCUCGCUUGGCUCCCUCACACCCGAGUUCAUGAAGUGCAUAUACCUCGCCGCUCAAGGAGAUAACGGCCUUACCGAGUUAACCCUUCGAACGGCAAAGGCUUUCCCUACCAAAUCCCUCUCUGAUCCACGCCGUCUUAUUCAAGCAUCCACUGCCGACGAGUGGAAAGAUAGAGUCCGAGUCUAUUUCCCAUCCUAUGACACAGUUGUCAGGUCGAGGGGUGGACCAAACGCAGGAGGCACGAUAUCUUUCCAAUCGAAGUGGUUUAAUAACGGCAAGUUUCCGAAAGAUGUGCUGCGAGAUUGUGUUAGUGUAAGAGAGGGGCUGGUUAUGCAUAAUAAGAUUCUGUAUGUGCAACCUGACGAGCCCGUCUCCGUCUCAGACGAUUCCGAGUGUCCUGGUUGGGCCUACGUCGGAAGUGCGAAUCUCUCCGAGAGCGCUUGGGGCCGUCUCGUCUUCGACCGCACAACAAAACAACCUAAGCUCAAUUGUCGAAACUGGGAAUGCGGGGUUGUGGUUCCAGUAUUCAAAGAGAAGAAGAAAGGCGAAGGCUCAAACUCCACCACGGAGAGCGAAACCGACGAUGAAACAGAAAACCACCCACAGACUGUGAAGGGAAAGGGAGUAGAAAGCGGUUCUGACAGUAAAGCCAAAGAAGAGAGCACAGGGCUUCUGGAUAUCUUCAUCGGGACAGUUCCUGUGCCGAUGCGUUUACCGGGACAGAAAUAUGGUGGAUCAGGACCAAAAAAGCCGUGGUAUUUCAUGGAGGAGAAAUACUAG